CUGGGCGCCGAAUGACGAUACCUACCCCCACUGCCGUACCACAUCGAACGGGGUUGCGAACUCGGCCAAGCUGAGAGCAGCUCCUCAGCCAAGAGCCUCAACAAGGCCAAGGCCAUCAACCCGACGCUAGCAUCUGCCGCCUCGUCUCGCACAGCGAGCGAGGCUGGCGCUGCAGGCUACCAGCAUGGCCUCCUCGAGCACGGCAUUCUCGGCUACAUCCUCGCUCACACCAUCUGCAUCUGCACCUCCAUCUCCUUCGCUAGCAAGCGUGGGCGCGACCCUGCCGACCGAAUCCUUUGACGAGUUGGGCGAUCUCCAACUAAUCAUCGGCGCCGAUGGCCCGGAUCAAGCCCGGUUCACCGUAUGCUCUCGGGCGCUCUCGCGGACGUCUCCCGUACUCAAAGCCAUGCUCGGUGGCCCCUGGCUGGAAAAGCGCCCGGCGAACGGCGACGUCAACUGGGUUGUAGCACUUCCUGAAGACGAUCGGAGAAAUAUGGAGAUCAUUCUUGCCGUCGCCCAUGGAAGUUUUCGCAGGCUCCCCCGAACAAUAGGUCUUGAUGAUCUUUAUCAACUUUGCUUCUGUAUCGACAAGUACGACAUCUCCGAGGGCUUAAUGCCCUGGGUUGACAAAUGGUGCAGCGGCGUGGAGGCGCAGGUAGUAUGGACGACUAUCGCAGCGAAAGACGCCGCAAAAGUGCUGUGGAUCGGUUGGGUCCUUGGCAAUUUGGGGUUUGUCGAAAAAUCCGCCGAGCGACUGUUAAAGUCCACGAAGCCGUCGGAAGUAGCAACACUGGCAUCUCUGGAUCCGACUGGGCUCAUCGGCGAUAUUCAAAAGAUGCAGCUGGAGACUGUCCACCAGAUCGUAAAGGAGGUAAAUGGCAUCUGGACUACCCUAACCACUCUCCACGCAUUUUCGAGCAGUCGGAGGCGCUGCAUAUCAACAGAUAUUCCCAACAAGGAAUUAUGUGACGCCGCUACCCUUGGUAAACUUACCGUGUCUCUGGUUCGUGAGGGCUUCUUCGAUCAAAAGAAAUGCCACGGCUUCGACAUAACGAGCCUUUUACAGGCGGUAUCGCGAAUCGCCGAUGAGAACUUUUCUCUUGGGAACCUUAGGUCGGCUCAUAGAAACUGCGGGCCAAGCCUGCAACUUAAGAAACUGCAGGAAAAGCUGAGGAAAGAUUUGCCCGCGCCUGUAACCAAGACUAGCCACAAGAUUGUGGCUGCGCGGCGGAAGAACAUUGGCGUCGAUGACGACAAGGCGGAAGUGAAGGCCGGCUGAGUAUCGGAUCGCAGCGAGCCGGGUCGUGACGUCUCCUUUCAUCUCUUUGUACCCUAUUUAUCACUUUCCGGACGAGAUGUGCGUUCCGGCAACACCAAAGCCGUAACCACACAGCCUAGCUUUUAUACUUAUCAGAAUACUAGCUGAAUAGAGUCUGGCCUGGCACUCACCCAUUCUCGUGGCAAUUCUCUCAAAC